ACUAUGUUCACGUUCAGCGGCCAGAAACUUUUGAAGAUAUUCAGUUUGUGCUGAAGAUUCCUGGCGGAAAUGAUUUGUUUGUGUCUUUCAAGUCCUUGACCGAAAGAAGUCAUGGCGAAUACCGGACCUCCACCUGGUGGGAGACCACCACUAAUGAUGGGUCCACCUUUUUCCAUGCCACCUUAUGGGUCAGCGCCACUGCCAGCUGGUGGAAUGCCGCCUCAUCCUAUGAGUAUGCAGAUGCCCCCUAUGGGUGUUCCACCUGGCCAGCCCAUGCCCAUGCCACCGCAGCAACCGCCACAGCCAGGCAUGAUGGUCAAUCAACAACCAGGCAUGUUCCCACCUGCAGGCGCCAUGCCUGGUAUGCCAAUGCGCCCUCCGCAGCCCAUGGCAGCAGCUCCGCAGACGGGUGGUGCGCCGACUAGCAUGGCUCCACCAAUUGGUAUGCCAAUGCAGCAGUUCCAGCCUGCUAUGCAGAAUGCGUCCACCGCUACUGUCAUGUCAUCCGCGCCUGCCAUGGCAACGUCGGCACCGCAGAUGAUGCAGCCUCCGCCACAACCCAUCGCCAUGGCCCCUCCAGCGUCUGCUAUGGCAAUGCCAGGAGCAGUACCAAUUCCGGCAUCCAUGCCUCCGACUAUGACAAUGCAGCCUCCUGUCGUUGCUGGUGUUGCUCAAGCCGUUGUACAUGAAAGCUCCCCCGCCCCGACGUCAGAAGCCACCGCAGCAGCUGAGGAGAAGAAGAAAAAGAAGGCCGCCAAAGUCAAGAAGAAAAAGGAGAAGGAGAAGGCAUCUUCUAAAGCUUCCGUCUGGACAGAGCACAAAGCACCCGAUGGCCGCACAUACUUUUAUAACGCAGAGACAAAACAGUCGUCAUGGUCUAAACCGGAUGAUCUUAAAUCAAAGUCGGAGUUGUUGUUAUCUCAGAGCCCGUGGAAGGAGCACAAGACUUCUGAUCAGCGCAUAUAUUACUACAACCCGGAGACUAAGGAAUCGGUUUGGACCAUACCGAAGGAGUUUGCCGAACUGAAAGCGAAAGCAGCGGCUCUGGAGGAAGAAGAGGCAGAGGAAGGCAAAUCUGAUGCUGACAGCUCUUCGUCGUCAGAGGAUGAGUCCGACGAAGAGACGAAACCUGAAGCACAGGCUGCAGACAAUACGGUUGUCGUGGCCGAAGUGGCAGGCGUCAGCAAAGUGCACAUCAACGAGGUUGAGCCGCAAAUCGCUCCUGUCGUCGUACCUGUCAAGGAAGUUGUGUACAACUCUCGCGAAGAGGCGCGCGAUGCCUUCAAGCAGUUACUUCGUGAGAAGAGCAUUUCAUCGACCAUGACGUGGGAGCAGGCGCUGAAGAUAGUCAUCACUGAUCCGAGAUUCACGGCGUUACGAAAGCUGGCUGAAAAGAAGCAAGUCUUCAAUAACUACAAGGCGCAGAGGGCAAAGGAGGAGAAGGAAGAAAAUCGUCAGAAAGCCAAGAAGGCAAGAGAAGAUUUGCUUGAUUUCAUCCAACAGCAUCCGAAGGUCUUCAGUGUUAUGCGAUAUAGGCUAGCUGCAGACCUCUUCGAGGGUGAUCCUACCUGGGAUGCUGUUGCAAACGAGACAGACAGGAAGAAUCUCUUCGAAGAUGCUCUUUUCUAUGUCGCAAAGCGUGAAAAGGAUGAAGAGGCCAAGCGGCGAGAGUACCAUCGUGAGAUCUUGGCUGACAUCUAUCGCUCAAUGCAGUCAAUUACCUACAAGACUGUGUGGGCCAAGGCACAGGUUCUGUUGGAAGAGAAUUCAGACUUUGCUUCCAAUGAUGAGCUCGAUGAUAUGGACAAAGAGGAUGCUCUCAUCGUGUUUGAGAAUCAUGUUCGGGAACUUUGCAAGGAGCACGAGGAGGAAAAAGUAUCAGAACAGGUCCAAGAACACCAUGAUCAGCGCAAGAACAGAGACAACAUGCUGCAAUUACUGGAUGAGCUUCACGAGGUUUCAAAACUCCACUCGAUGUCACAAUGGUGCGACCUGUACCCGAUGAUCUGCGAAGACCCUCGCUACGAGAAUAUGCUGGGACAGCCUGGUUCAACGCCCCUGGAUCUGUUCAAGUUCUACGUUGAUGAUCUUCGUCAGCGUUUGCCAGAUGAGAAAAAGAUCAUAAAAGAUAUCUUAAAGGAUGCAAGUUUCUCCGUGGACAUUCAGUCGUCGUUCGAUGAUGUCAAGGCAGUCAUUUAUGCAGACCAGCGUUCAGAGAACUUGGACAAGGGCAACAUUCGGCUGACAUUCAAUGCUCUCCUCGAAAAGGCAGAGGCACGGGAGCGUGAACUUGCCAAGAUGGAGGAGCGUAAGGUACGCAAGCGCGAGACCGCGUUCAAGGCGAUGUUGAAGAUGGCUGCACCGCCUCUGGACGCGAACUCGACUUGGGAGAAGUGUCGAUCGCAGUUUGAAGUUGAGGAUGCAUUCAGUGAGGUGGCGGAGGAAUCAGAACGAACACGACUCUUCCGAGAAUUCAUCUCGUCAAUAGCCCCGCCACCGGAGGAAAGUGAUGAUGACAAGAAGCAUAAGCGGAAGAGCAGCCACCAUCGCUCCUCCAAGAAACACUCGCGAAAGCAUCGACGGUCACGGUCGCAAUCGGAGUCCUCUUUGUCAGAGGGUGAAUACCGAGACAGUCAUAGCAAGUCAGAGAGGUCGGAUAAGAAACGCAAGCGUUCUCGGUCACCGUCAGUUUCGGACUCUGACAGUGAGAGAGAAUCUCGGCGGCGGCGGCACAAGAAUAAGAAAUCUCGAAAGCGGAAGCACCAUGCGUCAAGUGGCUCUGAUUCCGACUAUCACCGACACAAGGCUGGUCACAAGGACGAGCGCUCUAGUCGUGGUGAUCGGACUCGUGCCGAGAACGGCGAUAAAAAGAAGGCAAAGCGUGCAUCCUCACACCAACGGGGAAGCAGCGAGAGCGAAGGGGAGCUUGAAACUCGAAGGAAGAUGCUCCUUCAGCAGCUGAGUGGUGAUUGAGCACAACGGACAACUUUUCCUGUUUACUACUACUUGAUGCUAACUGGCAUCAUCAAGACCCUUGACGCCACCUACACCAUGCAAAUCUCGUUGGUGCUCUGUGCUGAAAAUGCACAUCCCUGUGUGCAAGCACAGCGGGGGCGUGGAAAACUAACUGUACUGCGACCAUGAUCGCUGAUUGAGCAGACUUCCUGAUUCAUUUCGACCUCCUUCGGCAUUCAUCUGUACCAAUAUGGUGGUCCAAUGUGGAAACUGCACCGGUGUCUCGAUAUAAGCUGUUUUUAUGUUGUUGUCCUGCUUCGUACUCGAAUUGGUCUGUGCCGUUCUAUGGAAGCUUGUUUCUGGGCCUGGUGGACCGUUUCUUUCGCUUCAUUUUUUUUCUUCAUUUAGUUCUUUGGUGAUGUUCCCCAAGCUGCAAGUGGUGCGAUGCCUACUUUGUCCAUGCCACAAUCUUUUUUUGCGAAAGUAUCAACAUGCCGUGAGUUUUUCUGUCA